AUUCUUUCUUUCUUUCUUUCUUUCGUCUUCAACCUUCAUUUGGACCUAUCUUUCUUGGAAUAAUUCAGUUUCUGAGAUUACUGAAGCUGUGAAACAUGACGAUGAUAAAUUGGAAGAUGCUUCAUUACCUGUCGUUUUUGUACUUUGCCCUGCCGGAUUCUUUAUAUGUAUACCUUCCUUACAGGCUCUGUGAUGUUCCCGGCAACUUUGCAGAAAACAGCAGCCUUCAGUUCAACAUAAAUACUUCAUUUCUUGCGUUGUCCUCAAAUGCUUCAUAUCAUAACUUCUUCAAUACUUCUAUUGGAAACGGUUCUGAUACCGUUUAUAGUAUGUUUCUCUGCUACAACUAUACUACACCGGAAACUUGUAAGCACUGCAUAGAAAGUGCGACAAACGAUGUCCAAGGAGACGAUUGUUCUUACAAGAAGGAAGCAAUUGUUUGGGAGGAAGAUUGCCAGUUGCGAUAUUCCACGCAGAUGUUCUUGGGCACCUUGAAUUCUUCUGGGAAUUUCGCUUUGGACAACAAACAGAACAACUCUGAUCCGGAGCUGUUUAGGUCCACUGUGAAUCAGACUUUGAAUAAUCUCACGAAGUUAGCAGCUUUCAAUCACUCAACUAUGUAUGCUACUGGCACGGCACCGUUUGUGGAUGGGGAUAUGAUAUAUGCUCUUGUUCAGUGCUCCCUGGAUUUAUCUCAGCAGGAUUGCCAGAAAUGCCUGGAGAUAGCCACAGCAGAAAUCUUGGAAAGUUUUUACUUCUCGCGAGGGGCUCGGCUUCUUAGUCGUAGUUGCUACUUGCGGUAUGAGCUCUAUCCGUUUUAUAAUGGUGACAAAGAAGGAACAAACCACCACUCAAAAUCAGGAUUAAGUAAAAAGUGGACAAUUACAGUGGUUGCAGCUGCUGUGACACUUGUGCUAGCAGCAGUGGGAUUCACUGCCUAUUAUCUUGCUCAUUGCUAUAGAAGAGGUAUUUCUAACACAGAGUUAGCUCAGGGGAGUUACCCUGAUGAUGACAUGAGUCAGCUGAAGCAAAAAUUCCCAGGAAUAAACAAUCAAGAACUUCCACUUAUAGACAUUCAAACAAUAAUAGAAGCCACAGACAACUUCUCUGACCUGAAUAAGCUUGGAGAAGGUGGAUUUGGCCCGGUUUUUAAGGGAAAGCUUCCAGAUGGAAAAGAAAUAGCAGUUAAAAGGCUCUUGACUAGUUCUGAACAGGGUUCAGAACAGUUUAUAAAUGAAGUUGAGCUGAUCUUAAAGCUUCAGCACAAAAAUUUAGUUACACUCUUGGGUUUUUGCAUUCAUGAGGAUGAAAGGCUGCUAAUGUAUGAAUACAUGCCCAAUGGUAGCUUAGAUGCAUUUUUCUCAGAUGAAAAUAAACUUGCACAGCUCGAUUGGAGCCAACGUCUAAACAUUAUCAAUGGCAUUGCACGGGGAAUGCUGUACCUUCAUGUGGAUUCGAGGCUUAGAAUCAUCCACAGGGAUUUGAAACUCAGCAAUGUGUUAUUGGAUGCAGACAUGACUCCGAAAAUUUCAGACUUUGGGAUGGCGAGGAUCUUUGCAGGGAACGAUGACCGAUCUAACACUUCCAUGAUUGUUGGAACAUUUGGGUACAUGGCCCCGGAGUUUGCCAUGGAAGGCCUGUAUUCCAUAAAGUCUGACGUCUUUAGCUUUGGAGUUGUCUUGCUCGAGAUCAUUACUGCAGAAAAGAAUUCCGCUUUCCAUCGCACCCAAACUGCCCCGAGUCUAGUAGUAUAUGCUUGGAAUUUGUGGAAUGAAGGUAGAGGCCUGGAGCUGAUGGAUCCAUUGCUGAAAAAUUGUUGUUGUGCUGAUGAAUUCCUGAGGUUUAUGCAAAUUGGACUGCUAUGUGUUCAAGAAGAUCCAUAUGAAAGGCCUAACAUGGCCUCUGUGGGUUUUAUGCUGGAAGGUGAAUCUUAUGCCCUUUCCCAGCCUAAAAGACCAGCUUUCUGUGUUGGGAGAUUCACAGAUCACUAUGAAAGUUUUUACACUGAUAGAACUGAAAAUGGUCUGACUGUUUCAGCUGUAAUACCCAGAACCUUCUUAAUUACCAAGAUGAUCAAUCAAAGAGCUAUUGCUGCUGUUUUCGUGUUACUGUUACUUCAUGUUUGCGCUGCAGACCCGCCUGAUACCCCGUGUUCGAGUAACAGAGGCGAUUAUAAAGCCAAUAGCACCUUUGACAACAACCUCAAAAGGCUCCUAGGUUCUCUGCCAGCUCGGGCAGCUCAAAAUGAAGGGUUCUACAACGCUUCAGUUGGGGAUGGAGCUGACAGAGUCCUGGGCCGAGCGCUCUGCAGAGGGGACAUAAACUCGACGGACUGCCAAAAUUGUCUGGAGAAAGCAAGUGAAGAGAUCAAACGCCAGUGCCAAACCAGGGAGGCUGUGAUAAGAUAUGAUCAGCGUUGUAAAGUCGAGUACGGCUCGACCCUCUUGAAGCGAUACAAUGGGAAGUAUCUCGAAUCGAAUAAGGAUAAGAAAAAUGUGUCUGCAGAUCCCUCCCAAUUCUCACAGGCUUUGAAGGAGUUGAUGGAUGGCCUCUCUGAGGAGGCUGCUUACAAUUCCAGGCUCAUGUUUGCAGCUCAAAGUAGAAAAUUCUCAGAACAGAUUACUAUUUAUGGACUUGUGCAGUGUACAAGAGAUUUGUCUAAUCAAGAGUGCCGUGUUUGUUUGGAAAGUGCCUCGGGAGAUCUUGAUGGAUGUUGUGGCUCCCGUGAAGGGGGAACGGUUUAUGGUGCCGCUUGUUCUGUGCGUUUUGAGAUAUUCCAGUUCUAUUAUAGUGCCACAGAUACCAGUGGGAAUAAGAAGAGCAAAACAUGGGUUCCUGUCACAAUUGUGUGUGUUUUAGCAUUUCUGAUAGCAGUUUUGGUUGGGAGCUUUGCACGAUAUCGACAAAAGAGGAAGCAGGCGAAAACAGAUAAAGAGGAAAAAGGCCAUAGUGGAAAGGUGGGUGAGAUUGAAUCCAGACCUGCAUCCAAUUCUUUGAGUAUAGUAGGAAAGUAUGUACUAAGCUCCCAGGAUAUGCCAUCCGUGGAGCUACCUGUCGUCGAGGCAGCCACAGAGAUCUUUUCGCAGGCAAAUAAGCUCGGUCAAGGCGGAUUUGGCACUGUUUACAAGAGUGUUCUGCCCGGUGGGGAGGAAGUAGCAGUGAAAAGGUUGUCCAGAAAAUCAUGGCAAGGGGUGGAUGAGCUGAAGAAUGAGGUGAUGCUGAUAGCAAAACUUCAGCACAGAAACUUGGUCAGGCUUCUUGGGUGUGGCCUGGAAGGGAGUGAAAAGCUGUUAAUAUAUGAGUACAUGCCCAACAAAAGCCUUGAUCUUUUCCUAUUUGACAGGGAAAAAAGGUUGCUGCUUGAUUGGAAAACACGGUUUAACAUCAUUGAUGGAAUAGCCCGGGCACUCGUUUAUCUUCAUGAGGAUUCCCGGCUUAAAGUGAUUCAUCGGGAUCUAAAGCCAAGUAAUAUUCUGCUAGACAGCGACAUGAUUGCCAAGAUAUCUGAUUUCGGAAUCGCUAGAAUCUUUUGCGAAAAACAGAACAUCGCCAACACCAGAAGAGUCGUGGGAACAUACGGAUACAUGGCUCCUGAAUAUGCAAUGGGGGGACUGUUCUCUAUUAAAUCUGAUGUGUUUAGUUUCGGUGUAAUAAUGCUGGAGAUCAUCAGCGGACAAAGAAACAACAACUUUUACAUCAAUGGAAGCUCCAAUCAGGCACUACUUUCCUAUGCAUGGCAGCUGCUGAAUGAAGAAAAGGAAUUAGAACUUGCAGAUCCAGUGCUGAUAGAGUCUUCUUCUCCGAUGGAAGAAAUAGGAAGAUGCAUCCACAUUGGGGUUCUGUGUGUACAAGAAGAUCCAGCAGACCGGCCAAGAAUGUCAGAAGUUGUUCAUCUUUUGAAAGGUGGACAAAUGCCAAUGUCUAAACCAAGCCGGCCACCGAUUUCUAUGGGGAGAAGAUCUAACCCUGCAGGCAUUGAUCUCAAGCCUUCAUCCACAGCAUCAUCUUCACUCAAUCAUUUCACAGAUUCCUGUGCUACCACUUUCAUUGAUUAGUGGUAGCUAGCAGCAAGCUGCCAGUGGCCUUCAUGGAGGCAUUAUGCAUGAUAUUACACAUACAAAAUAGUGAACCAAAGUUAUAGAUUGUUUUGCACAUGAGAGUAAUGAUAGGAAUAAAGUUGAUACGUUCUUAGGACAGUUAAUUAGAGGAGUAAUAUUGCAAGAAUUAGGAAAUUAAACAUUAUAAUAUUUGUCAAAAACCUUGUGGUUAAGUGGCAUCCGGUUGCACUCCCUCAUGAGAGGUGGUUCGAACCUUAGUGGAUGCGAUAUUUGUUCUUUGUGCUUCAUUUGGUUAAGAAAGUAACUAUGAACAGAUACUACAUUGUAACA